CAGAACCGCGGUUGUGAACCACGGCAGGCUCAGAGUGGGACAGACCCACAUCGCAGCCAGCCCGUCAGAGUCAGGCGACCAGCCUGUUAGCCAGUCUCUACCGCAGAGAGACUGUACAGAGACACUGUGAUCCUUUCCAUCAUCAGGACCCCCAGUGGAGACUGUACAGCACAGAGAGAUGGCUGUGAACAGACCGGAAGACAUGCCGAGACAAUUCCCUAAGAUCACGCUGAGCGAGGUAGAUGAGGAGACACGUCUGCUGGCUGAGAAGGUGUACGCGUCAGCGCUGAAGGAGGAGGACACAAACGAUGCGCUGUCCAUGUUCACCGUCCCCGAGGACUGUCCCAUCGGCCUGCACCAGGCCAAGGAGAGGGAGCUGCUCAAAGAGCUGGCAGAGCAGCAUUCAGAAGAGAGUGCCAAGAGGAAGAAGAGUUUCAAGAUGAUCCGUUCGCAGUCUGCCUCCUUGCAGGGCCUGCAGAUCCCUGUGACUGCAGAGUGGGCCCGUUCUGUGGUGACCCCAUUCCUCUCACCCUCCUCCACCUGCUCCUCACUUCCAGAGAACUGCCCCGAGUACCAGAGGGUCACCAUCAGUGGAGACUACUGCGCUGGUAUCACAGUAGAGGACUAUGAACAGGCAGCAAAAACCCUGAUGAAAGCCCUGUUCAUUAGGGAGAAGUACUCCAGACUGGCCUACCAUCGCUUCCCCCGGACCGUCGCUCAGUUCCUCCGCAGCGCUGAGAACCAGACGUGGAAGGAAGAGGACGGGGUUCUACCAGAUGUCUGCCCUUGCCCCAGGGAGGGGGAGGACCCGUACAACAUUGAGGAUAUCCCAGACAACCUGAGCUAUGAGCUGCAGACAAAAGAUGGCAUAGUGCAUGUGUAUGAGAACGCAGAGGCUCUAAGUCAGAACAGGCCCCGCAGCCUGCCCUACCCUGACCUGGAGACCUUUGCCAUAGACCUCAGCCAUGUGCUGGCCAUGAUCAUUGAUGGACCCACGAAGACCUAUUGUCACAGACGCCUGAACUUCCUGGGCUCAAAGUUCUACCUGCAUGAAAUGCUCAAUGAGAUGGCCGAGCUAAAGGAACUUAAGGGUGUUCCACACAGAGACUUCUACAAUGUCAGAAAGGUGGACACACACAUCCAUGCAGCCGCCUGCAUGUCCCAGAAGCACCUUCUGAACUUCAUCCAGACCACCUACAAGACGGAGGCAGACCGUGUGGUGCUGAUGAAGGGCGGGCGGAAGCUGACCCUCAGAGAGGUGUUUGAACACCUCAACAUGGACCCCUAUGACCUCACUGUGGACUCCCUGGAUGUACACGCUGGCAGACAAACCUUUCACAGAUUCGAUAAGUUCAACUCCAAGUACAACCCAGUGGGGGCCAGUGAACUCCGAGAAAUCUACCUGAAAACAGACAACCUCAUAGAUGGAGAGUACUUUGCACGCAUUAUCAAGGAAGUGUCCCAUGACCUAGAGGAGAGUAAGUACCAGCAUGCUGAGCCUCGCCUGUCCAUCUACGGACGCUCUGCAGACGAAUGGGACAGCCUCUCCAAGUGGUUCAUCCAGCACAAAGUGCACUCUACCAACAUGCAGUGGAUCAUCCAAGUCCCCAGGAUCUAUGAUAUUUUCAAGUCAAAGAAGUUGAUCACUAACUUUGCCAAGAUGUUGGAGAACAUAUUCCUUCCUCUGUUUGAGGCUACAGUCAAUCCACAGAAGCAUAAGGAGCUACAUGUAUUUCUCAAAUAUGUGACAGGCUUCGACAGUGUGGAUGACGAGUCCAAGCACAGUGACCACAUGUUCUCCUACAAGAGCCCCAAGCCUGAGCAGUGGACAGCAGAUGAAAACCCUCCCUACAGCUACUACCUCUUCCACAUGUACGCCAACAUCAUGGUGCUCAACAAUCUGAGGAAAGAGCGAGGCUUGAGCACCUUCCAGUUCCGUCCACACUGCGGGGAGGCUGGAUCCAUCACCCACCUGGCCUCUGCUUUCCUCACAGCUGACAACAUCUCCCACGGCCUCAACCUCAAGAAGAGCCCUGUCCUACAGUACCUGUACUACCUGGCCCAGGUGCCCAUUGCCAUGUCUCCUCUGAGCAAUAACAGCUUGUUCCUGGAAUAUUCCAAAAACCCUCUCAGGGAGUUUCUACACAAGGGGCUGUGCGUGUCUCUAUCAACAGAUGAUCCUAUGCAGUUCCACUAUACCAAGGAGGCACUAAUGGAGGAGUAUGCCAUCGCGGCCCAGCUGUGGAAGCUCAGCACCUGUGAUGUGUGUGAGAUUGCCAGGAACAGUGUGCUGCAGAGUGGCCUGUCUCACCAGGAGAAGAAGCACUUUAUUGGGGCCAACUACUUGAAGGAUGGACCUGAGGGGAACGACAUUCGGCGGACCAAUGUGGCUCAGAUCCGCAUGGCCUACCGCCACGAGACCCUGUGCAAUGAGCUCAGCUUCCUAGUGGAUGCAGUGAAGACUGAAGCGGCCAUUGGCACACAACCAGAGUGACCACAACAAUAUGGGACUCAAUCCAUGCAUGCAAGCUCUCAACCAUCACAACGAUAUCUCUUGUAUUCAUGGGAGAAAAAGCCCAAUGGUUUGAAUGGAUAAGUGAGUCUCUUGUUUCUCUGGCUGCAUGUGUGCUACUGUGAAAGCAGAUAACAAGGGGUGCCAUUGCAGUUAGAGAUUCUCCUGUACUUUUGUAUACUUUUUGCCAGUGGUUCUGAAAGUAGUGCUCAAGAGCCAAAAGUGGUCCCCGAAAAUGGUGUACUAUGUCACAUACUGUAUGUGCAGAUAUAUGCACCAUGCCAUUGCUCUCUCUCUUGCUCUGCUGUGGGUGCAUCAUGUGCAUCUUGCUAGUUGUCAUAUGGCAAGGGGCUGAAGCUCAUUGGUUGAAUUCAAAUCCUAAGUGGCUGGCCCACAUGGAGGAAUAUGAAGGCCAGGCACAGCUUCCAGAAAAGUAGUUGCUUAAAAACUAGGCAUUUCAUAUAUAACUGAGGUAAGGUAGGUUAUGCAUGUAUGAACUACACAUUGACACAUCCAAAGCGGGAGGUUUAAUAAAUACGUAUUAGUCACCAAAGUUCCGGAGCAUGUCUUUAACAGUAUAAAAAUAGUUUGGAGAGGUAGCAGUAGGAGCCAACUACAUCUUAGUGUCUAAAUGAUGUAGGUCCACAGUACAAGGGUUUCCUUCUGCAGUGCAGCAACAUCCUCUGCACUAAGGCUGGCUCCCUCUGCAGAGCACUUACUCACAGUUCAGUAGUGUCACAACAUAUUUGUGGUUUCAAGUGCAAUGUCUGGGAGAAAAAACACUGGCCACUUCUAUUUUGAUGUCCAACACUCACUGCAUCAUGCCUUAGUGAUGGGCGGUCCCAGCUGUUGACAGAACCUGACAGUGUUAAUCUCUGGAGCUGGAACACUGCUUUAGCUGUGAUGAAUGAAGUCUGGUACAUUUCCACUGUCCCUUUCCAUGUGUGCUUGUUUUUACAGGAUGUCAUGCAGUAGGUUCCAAGGAGGACACUGAAGUCAUUUGUGGGACACUGUAGGUACAAAACAUUGUACUUGCAAGCACUGUAUGAGAUCUGCUUGAAGUAUGUGUGAAUGUUUUGUUUCAAUUUGAAUGAAAACAGGUAUUUAUAUUGGUCAGAGUAUGCUAGAUUUCAUUUGAAUGUACUGUAUCUAUAACGUACUGUGCUGUGUCUAUAAAGCAACAUUGAGUCAAUUGAGUUGUGAAAGUUUGGACAAGAGAGAAAAAUGAGAAAGCAUAUAAGAUACGAGAUGUCCAAAGAUGUUACAACGCUCUCUCACCUCUUCCUCCUUAAUGGUUGACAGAAUGCUGUAAAAUAGCCUGUUUUUAAUUGUUACUUUUGUUAUCAAUAAAGAUAUUUA